CCGUGACAUCUAUGAUAAAAAUAAGACCUUAACACAGAAAAGGCAGAAUAAAUAAAUAAUUUCAAGUAUUGGUGUUAAAGUUGAUGAUAUUUAGGAUUACAAAAUGAGGAACUAUAGUUUAUUUAACAGUGUUUUAAUUGCAGUAAUAGCAGUUGCUGCCUCUCAAGUCACCACACAGAAAACAACUCGAAAGAAAGGUUGUAGUGGUUAUGGGUUUCAGAUAUGGUUGAGUUGUAUUACUGACCCAUGUGUAUUUUCUAGCUGUCCAGCAUUUGGCAAGAUGGCAACCUGCAGUAAAGAAGUAACGGAUGAUUGUAAGCAUUGUAGAGCCACAUUCUCAUUGAAUGGAAGACGAGUUGAUCAUCUGUGUCAUACUAAUUUCGAAUGUCCUGAAGGGUUACCUCUUCAACGUUGUACGACUGAUCCAUGUGUGAGUACUGAAUGUUUGGAGCCAAGAUUUCAAGGAGCCAGGUGUCGAGGUUAUUAUUGUGGGGCAUGUUUAGCAGAGUACUACGUUGAUGGCAGAUGGCAGCAGUGUCCAAACCCUGAUGUAAAACUUCAAGGAGAUGCUGCAUUAUUGUUACCUGAGAUUCAAAGAGCGAUGAUACAAUUUCCCACAAAUAAUAGAAGGAGAACAGGUAGUUCCAGUCCACUAGCUCUAGGCUCAUGCCCAGAUGGAACACCGGAACCGGAAUGCCCAACUAACGUGUGCGCACGUGCAGAGUGUCCACAAUUUGCAAGUGCACAAUGUGUGGUAAACAAGUGCCAAGGAUGUAAGGCGGAGUUCUACUUCAGGGGUCAACUAGUCAACUGUCAAUCAAAUAAAUGUCGCCGAAAUGUGUUGGAAAUGCAUUGUCAUGAUGAUCCAUGUAAAUAUGCUACAUGCCCGUUAUUUCCUGCUGCUGAAUGCCGACCGAGUAGCUGUGGAUAUUGUCACCCUGAGUGGUUUCUUGGUGAAAGAGAGGUUAACUGUUUCUCCAGAAUGCCCGAUAAUUACCAAUGUCCAAACGGUCUGAAACAACAGCAAUGUCCAAGAAAUACUUGUCGAUUUAAGAGGUGUUUAACAGAUGCUGACACUUUCUGCAGAAUAAAUAACUGUGGAGGAUGUUACGCCGAAUACGUUAACACAAAAAAUGAAAUAGUUGAUUGCGAAGGGUGGUGGACUUCAUAUGAAACUAAGAAGCCUAAAGAACUCACCCAAGCUGAAAAUAUUACAACCAUUACAGCUUCUUCAUCGACCGGUGGAGAAACGUCAUUGACCAAAUCGGAUAAGGCAAUUUCAUUGGCUAAGAAACAGAUGGAAAUUGAUGCCUUAUUUGGAAAUCUAGGACUUGAGGUUCCAUCUAAUUCAAAAAUAGUUUCAAGUUCCGUUGAUUCUAAUCCAACGGGUAACAAUCCAUGGGAGACAACUGCAACAAAACAAAGACCAAGUCAGACACAAACAGUAGAAACUCAAAAGAAUGUAAAGCAAGAACCAAUCCCAAUAGAAACUGUCAAACCUAUUGUGAUGUCAUCACAAACACUUCAUGCAACGAACAUUAACAGAGAUACAAUAAUAAAAUCACCAAGAACUGUUCCUCAAGGGAAAAAAGAAGAAAUUAAUAUAUCGCAAAAUAUUGAUGAAAAUAAACAACAAAUAUCAUCAAAUAGAUGGGAAAAUGACAAAAUAAAAAGUUCUCAAAGUGGACCAAAACCCGUGACUAGAAAUUCCAGAAUUAGAGAACCGCCAAAACCCUUGACUAGAAAUGCCGGAAACAGACAACUGUCAAAACCCUUGACUAGAAAUGCCGGAAACAGAGAACCGUCAAAAUCUUUGACGAGUAAUGCCGAGAACAGAGAACCGUCACAAAUGGAUUUGUUCAGAUCAAUUGCUAUUCCUCUUGACUCUCUAAACAAAGGUUCUAAUUUUAGACCAGGGGUACCUAUAGGAGGAUUCAGAUUUACACGGCGAUGAAAGAACUGGAAUAUAACAAUAUUUAUUCUACAAACCAAGAAAUCCAAAGAUUCUGUUUAAUGUUGUCCUACAGUCUUAGGUUAUGUUAAAUGUUGUUUCGACCGUUUUGUACUUCAGUCUUAUGCUAUGUUGUAUGUCAUUUCGAUAAGUUUGACAUCUGUUUUGUGUUUAUGUACAAUAAUUGGACAGUUCUAGAUCACAUCAUUAGAAACUGCUAGAUCAAAAUGUGCACAAAAAUCACGGGAUCCGUAUAGAAAAUCUCAAAUUUAUAUUGUAUGCAUAUGUAUUAUUUUAUGAGCUACUUACAACAUUAUUAAGACCUAUUGCAUUAUUUGGAUUUUUAUGAUCCGGUAGUCACAUAGUUAGCUGGACUUACGGACGUUCGCUACACUUGAUUUUAACUUUUUGUCAGAUAUUCGGAAUCCUCUAGUUUUAUCCAUGUAGUGCCUAUACAAUGUUUUCUUUUCAUAAUUUUAUUACAUAUAGUUUAAAAAGACAUUUUUGAAAAUCUUAUAAAAUCCUUGUCAUUUUUUUAUUUUUAUUUUUUUGAAAGAAAAAAGGUGCUAAUGUUAAAAGUAUAAAAAAGUUAAAGAGAAUCAUUUCUCGCCAAAUUUUCAAUUUAUUAUAUCUCGAAAACAGGGACACGGUUCUGUCAUUUUUUGUUUCUUCUUUUUAAGUUCUGUUAUGUUCUAUACUAUUAAUUCAUAACAGUCUUUUAAAAAGCUUGCUAUUUUUAAACAGCGGAGCGAACAUCCUUAACAAGUCCACCUUUUUUAUCACAUAAAAAAUAACAUUUAAAAAUGAUUUAAAAUAUGCAAAUAAGCAAACAAAAACUAUGGUUCAACAAUUUUGUCCUUUGGUGAUGUCCGAUAAACUGUAAGGGUUAAGUUAUAUAUAACCUUUGUAGUUGUUACACUGUAUACGUUGUCUCAUUUUUCACGUUUAUUUGUAAAUAAAAACAAUACAAUAAUGUU